AUGAAUUUUGAUGAUUUUGUUAAUGUUAUAUAUGGAAAAGAUGUAUUUGAUGAUGAAAAUUCCCAUUAUGUUAAAGAAAACAUCUUCCCAUAUUUAUUGCCUUUAGUUACAUUAGUAAAUAAUGAAAAGGAGAAACAUAAAUACUUUAAUGUAUUCUAUGAUUAUAAUGAAAAAGACCGGCCGUUAAACAGCUUACACGACAAAAAGUAA